AUGGCAUGGUGGGGCCUCAGAUGUCAUGGCAUGGUGGGGCCUCAGAUGUCAUGGCAUGGUGGCGCCUCAGGUAUCAUGGCAUGGUGGGGCCUCAGAUGUCAUGGCAUGGUGGCGCCUCAGAUGUCAUGGCAUGGUGGCGCCUCAGGUAUCAUGGCAUGGUGGGGCCUCAGAUGUCAUGGCAUGGUGGCGCCUCAGAUGUCAUGGCAUGGUGGGGCCUCAGAUGUCAUGGCAUGGUUUGGCCUCAGGUAUCAUGGCAUGGUGGGGCCUCAGAUGUCAUGGCAUGGUGGCGCCUCAGAUGUCAUGGCAUGGUGGCGCCUCAGAUGUCAUGGCAUGGUGGCGCCUCAGAUGUCAUGGCAUGGUGGCGCCUCAGAUGUCAUGGCAUGGUGGCGCCUCAGGUAUCAUGGCAUGGUGGCGCCUCAGAUGUCAUGGCAUGGUGGCGCCUCAGAUGUCAUGGCAUGGUGGCGCCUCAGAUGUCAUGGCAUGGUGGCGCCUCAGAUGUCAUGGCAUGGUGGCGCCUCAGAUGUCAUGGCAUGGUGGCGCCUCAGAUGUCAUGGCAUGGUGGCGCCUCAGGUAUCAUGGCAUGGUGGCGCCUCAGAUGUCAUGGCAUGGCAUGGUGGUGGCGCCUCAGAUGUCAUGGCAUGGUGGCGCCUCAGAUGUCAUGGCAUGGUGGGGCCUCAGGUAUCAUGGCAUGGUGGCGCCUCAGAUGUCAUGGCAUGGUGGCGCCUCAGAUGUCAUGGCAUGGUGGCGCCUCAGAUGUCAUGGCAUGGUGGCGCCUCAGAUGUCAUGGCAUGGUGGCGCCUCAGAUGUCAUGGCAUGGUGGGGCCUCAGAUGUCAUGGCAUGGUGGCGCCUCAGAUGUCAUGGCAUGGUGGCGCCUCAGAUGUCAUGGCAUGGUGGCGCCUCAUGGCAUGGUGGCGCCUCAGAUGUCAUGGUGGAGCCUCGUACACAGUCUGGCUCCGCAUGUUUCAUGA